UGUUCUGCGAGAUAAAAUUGUAUCACAUUAUUGUUUCACGCUAAACCUGCACGAGCCUUACAGGGGUUUCACGAUGUCGAUGCGACCGGACGACCAUCGCCGGAAGUGGGAUCGCAAGGAGUACGAAAGGCUCGCGCACGAGCGUAUUCUUUCCAAGGAUAAAGGCAGUGAGGACGAUGGUGAGCCCGUCACUAAGGAGCUGCUCAAGCAGCGCGAGUACAAAGUCGAUCUGGACAGCAAGCUGGGCAAGAGUAUGGUCAUCAACAAGAGCACACCUUCGUCCCAGUCCGGCGGGUACUACUGUAACGUGUGCGACUGUGUGGUGAAGGAUUCGAUCAACUUUCUCGACCACAUCAAUGGCAAGAAGCAUCAGCGCAAUCUCGGUAUGUCGAUGAAGGUCGAACGAAGUUCGCUAGAUCAGGUGAAGGAACGGUUCAAGAUAAACAAAAAGAAAACCGAGGAAAAGAAGAAAGACUACGAGCUGGAGUCACGGGUACGUGAAGCGAAGGAGGAGGAAGACCGAUACCGGGAGUACAAGCGCGAGAAGAGAAAAGAGCGCAAGCGAAAACAUGACGAUGAUGACGCUGAUCCCGAUCUGGAUGCGGGCAGCUCGGAAAUGGCCGCCAUAAUGGGAUUUGCCGGGUUCGGUGGAUCGAAGAAAAACUGAACAAUCUUGAUCCGGACAAGGCGUUCGCCAGAAGGUUAACACCAUGUGCAGGCCAUGGUGGGUGGAUACCCAUCCACCGCGAGGCUUAAUGAACCUUCUGGACUGCGCCGCGGGUUUCUUCAUUUUUUGGUUUCCGUCGCAUGGUUCCAGCUCACCGAUAAUACACAGACACGUGCUUUACAAACGUGAGGAGCAAACGGUACAGACGCAUUGCUCUGUCUGCAAAACCUCAUCUUACAUGCACAUCAGGCCGAUGUUCAACCUUAAACUAAACUUGUAUAACUCGACUUACCUGUAACUGGCGGUGUUGUAUAUUAGAAUAAACUUUAAUUUAAAAACCUCA